AUGGGUUGUUGCUGUGGCAAAGGUAAUUCAGCGGUUGGUCCACUUAGUAAUAUUAAGUUUACGUCACUGAAUGGUGCAAACUCAAACAAAAAUAUAGAAUCAUCUCGAUUUAGUAAAAUUGGAAUUAGCACUACUAAUCCUCUUUUACUUAUUAAAGGUUAUAAAAAUAAGCCUUUAUUACCACUUGAAGAAGCACUCAAACCUUUCAAUGGAAAAAUUCCUCAUCUAGAUGAACAAAUUAAAGAAGCAAAAUCCAAAUGUCAUUAUCCAUCAGAACAUAAUCUUACUCACGAUGAAUCUGCUGCUAUUUAUCUGUAUUCGAUGGGUGGCAAUGAAAAUUCGGUUUAUAAUCGUUUACAAAAAUCAUGGGCAUCGAAUAGUCGAACACAAAUGAAACCAUGGUUCAAAUAUUUGAAAUUACUGAAGACUGGUUUAAAUAAAUUAUCUAAUGUCGAAGUAGAAGCUUGGCAAGGAACAUUUUAUGAUAAAAAUUUAGAGAAAACACUUACAUCGAACUCAUUAAAGUUAUACACUUGUAUGAGUCCAUGUUCACCAUCUGUUCAACAAGCCAAGAAUGAUAUUCAUGGUCAUGCAAAUUCAAAGAAAAUAUUAGUUGGAUACAGAUCUGUUAAUGGGAAAGAUGUCACCAGUUAUACAGUUAACAAUCAAAAGGAAAUAAUGAUUUGGCCCGGAAUAAAACUGAAUAGAUCAAAAGAAAACGAACAUGAUGAACAUGGCUCUUUGAUCUUCCAUCUGACAGGCAGAAAAAAUUCACGACGAAAAAAAGUAAAUCAACGUGAAAAGCAUUUCGUAUGUCCAACGAUUUAUUGUCAUAAUUAUUGCCGUGGUGGUCAUGCUCUUAAUCAUUGUUACGGUUUUUCUCAUCUAUCUCAUCAAUGUUCACAUCAUUGUGGUCCCAUUAGCAAAUGUUUUCUCUGUAGAAAACAUCUUCCAAACUUACGUGAAUGCAAACAAUGUCAUGUAGUUUUCUGCGAAGAAUGUUCUACUCAAUAA